AUAAAUCUCCUAGUAAGAAGGCAAAGAAGGAAGUUAAACCAGUCGAUAGAGAAAAAUCGGUGAACCUGAAAAAGCUUAUUGAUGAAUUACUAUCUAACUAUAUUUAUCCGCAGAUUGGUGAAGUUGUUGAAGAGAGUGGGGGGUUAUAUAAACAAUAUAAAGAGUACAAAAAAGAUAAUGGUAAAGAAGCAUCUAAUGCUUUAGUUUUUGAUGAUGUUAGGAAACAAAUUUCAAAAGUAAGUGAUACUGCAUUGCGAAAGAGAAUAGAAAGAGCUCGGAAAAUAUAUAAGCUUUUUACUGCUAUCGUUAAUGGUGAUGAAAAAAUUGCAAAACAAAAAAUAGUACUAAUUAGAUCAUUUUCGUUGUAUUCUAUUUCAAACUUAAGCCAGAGCAAUAUAAAUUUUAUAAUUGUAAAAUGUUUGAGAAAUAAAGAUAUGAAAUGA